CAGAGUCCAUAACUACGAAAAGACCAGUUUUCGUUCUUCGCGCUUCUCCAGUGCGCAUCUUCGCCCUGAUUGGCGAUACUCCCGAACGAAGUGGAAAGCGAUUAGCAGAGAGCUCGCUGCGUUCCCCCACCAUCUUCCAACCUGCGCGUCGCAGUUAUGGACUCUGGUGAACUGCGGUAUAGACGUCAUCUGCUUCUGUAUAUAUUCAUGUAUGUCACGGUUGUACUUAUAUCUAAAUUUGUAUGUUUAUGAAGAGUUCUAUUAUCCAUAAAUUUUUAAAGGACUGCUGAAAUAAAUACAUAAACAUGUUUGGGUUUAAUGUAUUUCCGGAGAUUCCACGACCUUUCAAUACCCAGUAUAAAUGUUUCUCUGUGUCAAUGUUGCCGGGUACAUACCGGCAAGAUGUAGAACGCGGUGGAAAAAUAAUUAUGCCUCCUUCGGCGUUAGAACAACUUACAAGGCUGAAUAUUAAUUAUCCCAUGUUAUUUAAAUUAACUAAUAAAAAGACCAAUAGAGUUACCCAUUGCGGUGUUCUGGAAUUUGUAGCGGAUGAAGGAAAAGUUUAUUUACCUUAUUGGAUGAUGCGUAAUCUUCUGUUACAAGAAGAGGAAUUAAUAAAUGUUGAAAGCGUUUCAUUACCAGUUGCAACAUUUUCACGUUUUCAACCACAGUCUGAAGAUUUUCUAGAUAUCACAAAUCCUAAAGCUGUUUUAGAAAAUGGAUUAAGAAGUUUUGCUUGUCUUACAACAGGGGAUAUUAUAGCUAUAAAAUAUAAUCAGAGAAUAUAUGAAAUGUGUGUUUUGGAAACAAAACCUGGCCCAGCUGUUAGCAUUAUAGAAUGUGAUAUGAAUGUUGAAUUUGCCCCUCCAGUGGGAUAUGUAGAGCCAGAGGAAGAAAUUAAGAAAGAUGAAAAUAUAGUAGAUCCUGCAGAUUUAAUGCCAGCACCAGCUGGUUUUGUGCCAUUUAAAGGACAAGGCAACAGAUUAGAUGGCAAGAAACGUAAAGAUUCUGCUCAAGCAGAGGGAUCUGCAAAUAAACCAACAUAUAUUAGAGGAAUACCAGAUUAUGAUUACAAAAUAGGAACUCUUAUAUUCUUGCGCAAUAUGAAACCUGUCAAUAAUAAAGAGAUAAAAGAUCCGGAUGAAUUUAAGGCAUUUACCGGGGAAGGUUUUUCUCUUAGAAAAUCAAGAAAAUGAUUGAAUUACUAACAGUCUAUUUUCUUACUAUUACAUGUGUAUAUGUUUGUAAAAUAGGACUGAUGAUUUUACUUACUUCAUGUGUGAGACCUAAGCACUGGAAAAAUAAUUUAAAUUCUUGUACAGAAAUUUCACCACUUUGAUCUUUGUCCACUGCCUGAAAUUGUAUAUUUAAUAACAUUAUUUAGAAGAAAAAUUUUCUGAUAAAUUGAGGUAUGUAUAUAAACAGUUUGUUUUACAUAUUUACUUUGAAUAAAUAUGGCAAGAAAUGAUGACACUUCUUUUUUAAUGAUGAGUCAUUAAGAACAUGUUGCAUUUCUUCUAAAUAUUUUUCAACACAUACGAGAUUAUAUGGACUAAUCUCUCCCCACUGUUCCAUCCACAUUUCCUAUAUCAAAAUAUAUGUUUAGAUAUAAAAUAAUUACUUUAUUAAAUUGUACAGAAUUUACAAUUGUGUACAAUUUAAUAUAUACUUUGUUAUUUCUAUACUUACGUUCAAUACAUUUUUAAAUUCAGCUUUGGCUUUUAGAGAUAAGUGUCCUAAAUCGCAAAAUCGGUCGCCAAGUAACAUAAAGUCAUCGUAACUAAUAACACCAUCUUUGUUAACAUCUAAAUGACUAUGCAGAGUUCGCAUUUUUCUUCUCCAAAAAUGUGAUUGACCCUAUGAUUUUACCGGUAAUUUUGUAUAUGUUGAAUAGUACUAAUAAUACGUAUUAAUUUAACAAACAAUCACGUAUAGAUACUAACUACAAAACCUUAAACUAUAUCGAAUUGAAUUAUUUAACUGAAAUGUAUUUGUACAUUUUAUAUAUCUUACUUUCUCUUGCUCGUUGUCCGAAUCGCUAUCGCUUUCUUGUUGCUCGUCUAUAAACGUCGAGGUUCCCGUAUAAUGCAGGCCUCUUUUACUGUGCAUGCACCGAAUGAUUCCGUUGUACUUCAAACAAAAGAUAUACAAUUUCUUAAAUAAUUUUUAUUUAUACAUAGUACAUAAUUAUUUCAAACCUGUACUAAAAAACGAGAAAAAUGGUUGGUAUUGGUAUACGUAAAGUACCGAGAUGUAAGUUUACGGGACAAGCAAUCCGGCAGGUAACAGGGUGUAAUAAAAUUCUGAGACCUGUAUCGUCCCCAUUUAUAACGGGUUUUAGCUCGCAAAAAUAAUUACUUAUUUCAUACUUGAAAAGAGUAAUUUUAUAAUAUAGAAAAUAAAUAAAUUUUAAAUAAAUAUUUGAAGAAACAUUUCGAAUUAUUUAAAUACUUUCUAUUAUGUUGUAAUUAUUCUUUGUGAAAAGUAAUAUGCAGAUUACCUUGAAUCUAUGAUUUGCUGGUUGCACAAUGUUUUUCUUCUCUGGUAUUACUUCAAAACGUAAAACUGAAAUAAUACCUUUCUCCAGCAGUUUAUUUGAAGCUGCGUAUCGCAGGCCCCGUUGUAAUAAAGUUGCCAUUUUUGUUUGAAAUAUAUAUUAUGUUUUAUAAUCUAACUUUAAUGUAGAUAAACACAGUAAUUUAAAAUUCA